AUGGUAGGAAAAGCAGCACGUAAAUUAAUUGAGAAUAUUCCUCGCCCAUUCCGACGCAUCCGAACAGCACAUGACGACAAAGCCAAACAUAUGCUAGCACUUAUGAGUAGACCUCAGUAUCGGAGAGAUCAUGGUACUGUUCUGGUCCAGGGUCUUAAAACGAUUCAAGAAUUAAGAAAGCAGAAUGUUGAAGUUCAGACGGUCAUCGCUACUGCGAAAACAGAAUUACAGGACAUUGAGGUUGAGACGCACGAUCCGGCCAAGAAAAUUCUUCGAAAUCCAGACUUGAUACCUGCAAAAAAUUAUUACGUUACAGAUGUCAACCUAACACGUCGCAUUCUGGGGACUUCAUCGAGACCCAAUGCUCAUGAGAUCUAUGCGGAGGUUAAAGUGCCUCGAAUGAAAGAGUCAACA